CAACAACAAAAGUAAAAAAGAACUUUUGACUGAGGUGCAUGCCUGGCAAAGGGAUCCAAAGAUGAGCAAAAGAUAAAAUUGGCACUAGUUUACUAAAGCAAAAAAAAAAAAGUCAAGUUAAUUGACAGCAUGAUUGACAAAUAAGGUUUUUCUUGUAUCAUCUACCCGACAAUCUCAUUGCACGUACUCUUAUAACAUAAGUGUGUUUUCGACUGUUCGUGGUUUACACUGCAAUAACACAACAUACAGAGAGCUUCAAGUGCAAUUUAUGAUCCUUGUAACAUAAUGGGGAAACUGGUAGGUAUUUUUGGGUGUCUCUUGAUCAUAGGAUUAGAUACAAUUGCUGGAGUUCUUGGCAUCAAAGCCGAAGCUGCUCAAAAUCAGGUAAAGCAUUUAAGGCUAUGGAUAUUUGAGUGCAAGGAGCCGAGUCAUGAAGCCUUCAACUUAGGCUUUGCAGCAGCUGUGCUUCUUGUUCUGGCUCAUGUUCUGGCACAUCUGCUUAGCGGGUGCAACGUCUGUUUUGCUGAAGAUACUGAAAAAGCAUCUACCAAUAGGCAGUUAUCUCUGGCUUGCCUCCUUCUCACUUGGAUCACAAUGGCUGGAGCAAUGUCAAUGCUGGUGAUUGGGACAGUUUCAAACAGAGAGUCAAGAGCUUCCUGUGGUUUCACACACCACCAUUUCCUAUCAAUUGGAGGAAUUACUUGCAUGGUUCAUGGCCUCUUCUCUGUCACCUAUUAUGUUAUUGCCACUGCUGCUCACACCGAAUAGCUAAAUCUACAAAAAGCAGAAAUCAGUGUACUACUGUACUUUCUUAAAGCUAUAACUAGCAGUUAACUAGUUGUGGUGAUCAAGUCCGCUUGCUUAUCAACCUCGGACAAUGUCUGAAGAAAUCCGUCCAAGGGUGUGCGUAGGAGUUCAUUAUUUUAAUUUUCAGAAGUAGGAUCAGCUUGUACUAAGAUGCAUUUGCUUGUUCUCUUUUUGGUUAUUGUAAAGCUUGGUGCUUAUUUCGCAUAGGCAUGAAAUGAGGUUGGAGUUCUUUUAA